CUUGAAUUUGAAAAUAAUACAUAUUAUCUCACUUUUUUUUUUUUUUUGUGUAUUAAUAACACUUAUGACUAUGAGUCUAUCUAAUAACCCCACAUAAUAGCAUUUUCCACCUUGUGCUUCUAGUCUCUCUCUCUUUCUCAUUCCCAUUCUCAAAUGCAGUGUUAUUUUGAGUGGUUUUUCAGUUUUGGUCACAAAGUUUGGAUCUUUAUUUAGUGGUUCUAGAUCUGAAAAACAGUGUCAAUUUUGCUGGUGAGUGUUAUGUUAAUAAAAGCUUAAUAACCUUUGUUUUUCGCUUCCAAUGAUUUUUUAACCCAAUUUAAAAUUAGUUUAUUAAACAAAAACAAACAGUAAAGAACAAAAAGAAGCUCAUGACACUGUGUUUUUUCUUUUUUUCAAUUUUAACUUAAUAAAAAAAUACCCUUUUUGACUAUAUAACAAUAAAAAAAACCCAAUAUUCAAAGGCUCCCCUGCAAACCAAGCUCAAAUUUUUAUGUCAUUUUUCUUAUUUUUUCUCAGAGUCUUCUCUCUGCUUUCCUCGACAUUUAUCUUGGAAUGGGCUUGAUUGAUUAUUUCUUUUUCUUUUUCAGUUUUAAAAAUCUCAUCUUUAUUAUUACCCACCUGCUAUUUUUGUUUCAGCUAAGAAGGGUCAUGAAGAGUUAGAAGAAGAAGAAGUGGGUUGUUUGUUUUUCUCAAAUGGAGGGUUUAAGCUUAAUCUCUUGUUGUUUUUUUCUUCUGGGUUUUCUUUUCUUGUUAGGAAAAGCUGACCCUUUUGAAGAUAAACAAGCUUUACUUGAUUUUGUAAACCAACUUCCUCAUUCUCGUUCUCUUAAUUGGAAUGAAACCUCUCCAGUUUGUGACCAUUGGACUGGUGUGUUAUGUAAUGAUGACAAGACUAGAGUUGUAGCCGUUAGAUUACCUGGAGUUGGAUUUGACGGUCAGAUUCCACCCAAUACACUCAGUCGUCUUUCAGGUCUUCAGAUUUUGAGUCUUAGAUCUAAUCGUUUAAAUGGGCAUUUCCCUUCUGAUUUCACUAAUCUAAAAAACUUGUCUUUUCUUUACCUUCAGUUCAACAAUUUCUCUGGGUCAUUACCAUUGGAUUUCUCAGUUUGGAAAAACCUCACAAUUAUUAACCUUUCACAUAAUGGUUUCAAUGGUAGUAUCCCAAACUCUCUCUCAAAUUUAACUCAGUUGGCUAGUUUAAAUCUAGCUAACAACUCACUUUCUGGGGUUAUUCCUAAUCUCAAUCUUCCUAAACUUCAACAGUUGAAUUUGUCAAACAAUAACUUGAAUGGUACUUUGCCUAAAUCACUUGAAAAGUUUCCAAAGUCUGUUUUCAUUGGUAACAACAUUUCAUUCCCAAGCUCCACCCCACCUAAGAUUUCACCUGUUAUUACACCAUCUUUAGUACCAUUUUCUAAGUCCAAAAGUAAUGGGAAGAAACUAGGUGAAACAGCAUUGUUGGGAAUUAUAGUAGCUGGUGGUGUUUUGGGGCUUGUGGCUUUUGCUUUUCUAAUACUUGUUUUCUUCUCAAGGAGGAAGAAGAAAAGAGAUGAAGAAGAUGGGAUUUCUGGUGGGAAAUUGAAUAAGGGAAAUAUGUCUCCUGAGAAAGUGAUUUCAAGGAGUCAAGAUGCUAAUAACAGAUUGGUUUUCUUUGAGGGUUGUAAUUAUGCAUUUGAUUUGGAAGAUUUGUUGAGAGCUUCUGCUGAAGUACUUGGUAAAGGGACUUUUGGUACUGCUUAUAGAGCAAUACUAGAAGAUGCAGCUACAAUAGUUGUGAAGAGAUUGAAGGAUGUGAAUGUUGGGAAGCGCGAAUUCGAGCAACAGAUGGAGCUUGUUGGGAGUAUUAGGCAUGAAAAUGUUGUUGAGCUUAAGGCUUAUUAUUAUUCUAAAGAAGAAAAGCUCAUGCUUUAUGAGUAUUUUACUGAGGGAAGCCUCUCUGCUAUUUUACAUGGUAAAAGAGGUGAAGAUAGAGUUCCUUUAGACUGGGAUACCCGGCUUAGAAUCGCUAUCGGUGCUGCAAGAGGCAUUGCACGUAUACACGCAGAAAAUGGUGGGAAGCUUGUUCAUGGAAACAUCAAAGCCUCGAAUAUUUUUCUCAAUACGCGACAGUAUGGUUGUGUUUCAGAUGCUGGUUUAGCGAGCAUAAUGAGUUCAUUAGCGCCACCAAUUUCUCGUGCUGCUGGUUACCGAGCACCAGAAGUAACUGACACUAGAAAAGCAUCACAAUCUUCUGAUGUCUACAGCUUCGGUGUAGUUUUGCUAGAGAUUCUCACUGGUAAAUCGCCAAUCCAUACUACUGCUGGUGAUGAGAUUAUUCCCUUGGUUAGGUGGGUUCAUUCAGUUGUCCGAGAGGAAUGGACUGAUGAAGUGUUUGAUAUCGAGCUAAUGAGGUACCCGAACAUAGAGGAAGAAAUGGUUGAAAUGUUACAAAUUGCCAUGUCUUGUGUUGUAAGGAUGCCCGAUCAACGCCCCAAAAUUGGUGAUGUUGUGAAGAUGGUAGAAAAUGUGCGACGGCUUGAUAACGAAAGCCAAACGCAUGUUGGAAACAAUGCUGAAAGCCCGAAACCAGAGCCAAGAGCUGGCACAGACACUGAGUAGGCAUUUUUUGCCUAUUUUUACUAUUUUUUUUAACACAAUCUGGUGAAAUAUCAUACUUCAUUUUGCCUCAAAAUGUUGUUAUUCUCCAGUAAAUGCACUAAAGUUUAUUUUUUUUUUACCAACAUGGUCCCCAUUUAGAUAGAGUUGAGUCAGGUAAAUCUAUUGGUACAUCAGGUUGCUCUGAGUUAAAGGUCUCUUUUUUCUCUGUAAUUUAAUGUGUUUUUUGUGUUCAUUACUUUCUCUGAAAAUGUGGGAAAAAUCCCAUUUGAAUGAAAGGAAGAAAUUGGAGGGAAAUUUUUGAACCAAAACAAA